AUGGUUGUAAGAUCUACGACAAUGACAAAUGAUGAUAAUGCACGUUGGUUACAUUCAAAUACUGACCUUUUAUCAGGAUGUGGUGUUAGUUAUAAUGUUAAUUAUAUUGGCUCGGUUGAAAUACUCUGUUCAAUGAAAACACUUGACUUUGAGAAUCGUACACGCGUUGCUCGCGAUUCUAUUUGUCUCGUGUGUACAGCUGUUGGCGUUCUAUUAAAAGAACGACGUAAACCCGAUCCACCAUCAAUAGAACAAUUACAAAUUGCAACAGAACCCAAUUUAACAUAUAGUCGUACACCAGUUCAAUUAACAAUUAAUACUGAUUCGCUUAUACUUAAGCGAUCACAUGAUUCACAAAUACUCUAUUCACAUAAAAUGGAAGGCAUUUCAUUUGCAAGUGCUGGUGAACAUGAUACGAAAGAUUAUAUAGCUUAUGUAGCUAAAGAUAAUAUGAAUAGACGAUCAUGCCAUGUACUAUCAUGUGAAGAAAAUGAAUCCUUAGAUGUUAUAACAACAAUUGGACAAGCAUUUGAAAUACGCUAUAAUGAAUAUAUGCAAUUACAACAAGCAAAUGGACAGUCAGGAGUGAUAAAAUCACUUGAACAUGAUGAAUUUCUGCCACAAACACGCGAUGAAGAUAUAAAACGCUUUGCUCCUCAUCAUAAUCAACAGCAAGAACAACCGCGGACACACGGAAAUUGGAACACAACAAACAGCUCAGAUGUUUACAAGGAAAGAUGGUUUCAUGGCAAGAUAAGUCGUGAUGAUGCUGAACUGUUGUUACAUAAUAGCGGUGAUUUUCUUGUACGUGAAAGUGCGAAAAUUCCUGGCCAAUUUAUUCUAUCGGGUCGUUAUAAAGAUCAAUUUAAACAUUUACUUCUCGUUGAUCCAGAAGGAAUAAUUCGUACAAAAGAUUAUGAAUUCGAUUCUAUUCAACAUCUUAUAUCGUAUCAUAAAUCAGGCAAUAUACCUAUUGUAUCGGCUGAUAGUGAACUUCUUUUACAAACACCUGUACUACGUUCUAAAUGA